AUGACAGAAGCCCCCCACCAACCAGAAAGGUACAGUCCGCCUGUCGGAGGUGUCGCCAGAAGCGUAUCAAAUGCGACGGCGGCAUCCCGGCCUGUGGAAACUGCGCCCGUGCAAAAGCUCCCUGCGUCGAUGUGCACGGCGGCAACACCCGACUUUGACAUAUCGCAAGGACCACAGGUCAAUCAGGAAUUUAUUGAGACUCUAUCGUCCUCUCAAGAGAUUUCCCCGAAUGAAGCAUCUUCCCGUGGAGACAAGUCAAACAACAAGCGAUCCCAUUCCGCCACAGAAGAGUCCGAGGUUGGCUCGCCUCUUUCGGCCAAGGCACGCUCGGUUGCGAUCGACCUAGGCAUGCUCUCAUUGCAGUCUGACUCACGUCAACAACAUUACCUGGGCUCUUCCUCUGGCUUAUUAUUCACGAAACUUGUUGGGCUGGACAGUGUGGUGCAGUCGCCCAGAGAGACAGUGGCGCUCAACGGCAUUGUGCAGUCGCGUAGGUCACCACUGAGGAUACCAACGGAAAAGUUAAAAUCAAUAUAUAAGAACUUGAGCAAGGAGAUCCCCUCGCCCGAAGAAGCCGGCAUCUUGUUCAGCGUAUAUUUUCAAUAUGUUCAUAUCGAUCAACCGUUCCUACACCCAGCGUCUUUGAUCAACGCUUAUCGGGCUUUGCACACCUGUGCUCAAGAAGGGUACGACGAAACCACUGGUUCUCAUGGAUGGAUCGAUUCUGUGAGUCCCUUUUCAUAUAAUGGCAAGAUUGAUAUCGCCUUUGGAAAAGCAACCACGCCUAUCUCCAUCUCAACAGCCGUGUACCACAUCUUCAUGGUAUUUUCGCUUGCAGCAACAGUUCUUACACGAAAGAAGAAUUACGACCAUUCCCCCUCCAAAUUCUAUCGCAUAGCAAUGUCCACAUCUUCGGAAUGCUUUUCUCACAUCUCAGUGCAUUCACUUCAAGCUAUGCUUCUACUGGUAGUGCAGAGCUUGAUUGAGCCUGCUGGUGUCGAUGUGUGGACAUUGUCACAUGUUGCAAUGGCCCAUUGCAUCGAUCUAGGCCUUCAACGAGAGCCGGGUGGAUCGUCAGCAGAGAACCCUGCAGUCGUAGCCACAGUCCGGAGAUUCAUAUUCUAUACUGUCUACUCCCUUGAUCGGUCAAUAGCCACCAUUCAGGGUCGCCCAUUGGGCAUUCGUGACGAGACAUUUGAUAUUCGACCACCGGACGAGUCAGAUAUAUCGGAUAUGAUCAUCAUACCCACUACUGACCUCUUAAUCCUCCAACCUCCCCCUCAACACCUCGCCCUCUCUAUCUACCGGUUUAAGUUGGACCGAUAUAUAUCCGAAAUUAAACUACUCCUAUAUCAUCUUCCAAACCUUCCAACAAACACUCGAACAUUCGUUUGGCCGACAAAUAUUCCGGAUAUCCAACACCAAAUCAAGUCAAAUCUUGACGAUUGGUUAACCGAGGUCUCAAAAGUGUCUCCUUCCCACGAUAUGGAGGUAGAAGAGAAGCUGAAGCUCCAUUAUGAAAAACUGCGCAUGGAGCAGCUUUACCACAAUGCCGUGGCUCUUCUUUUCCAGCCCUCCCAGAUGUUCCCUUCGCCAAGUCAGGACGCCCUGUUACUGUGCUACCAUAGCUGCAGCCGGCGUUUGCAGGUAUACGAUACGCUCAGUAACCAAGAAAUGCUUCUGUACAACUGGCGCAACAUCCACGGGAUAUUCUCCUCAGGGGCCACAAUCGUCUAUUGCAUAUGGGCAUCCCGUCGUCUCCAAACCACGAUCCCCUUCGAGAAAAUCCUUCGCGAUCUCCGAACCUGCUCAAACCACCUGAGCAUUGGAAGUCAAUGGUGGCCCUCUGUACGAACCGGGAAAGAAAGCUUCGAGAAAAUGAUCGACUUGAUGAUCAAGUUUUUGAGCAAUGCACAAGAGCCUGCUCCGCCAUCGACUCUGCCCCCAACUGCUAUGAGAAGAAGGUUAGGGUCUCCAAACUCAGUUGACAAUGAUGUUGCGGAGUCCGAGGUACUCCAGAUAGGUCUAGGGGUGGAGCACACUAUUCAGCCUCUGGACAGCGCCCAGAUAGCUUUUGAUGACAUGGAUUUCUCUGCGACGGCGUUUGACCCACUUAAUGCCUUCAAUUCAGAUGAAAUUUCAAUAGAGGUUGCAAUGGAGACGUUCAUGGCCGACUAUCUACACGAUGACUGGGGCUGGGACCCUUUCUCGGGAUCGGUUGGUCUUACGGACAACUCUCGACCUCCCCUUUGA